CAGCGCUAUCCAAUAGGAACGAAGGAGGCGGGGAGAAAGCUCAGCAACGCCUGAACGGAGGAGGUGGUUCCUGGUGGCCAUCUUUGAUGCGCGGGGUGAUUGUUUGGCGAAUAGAAGUAAUAGGAAAUAAAAAAUAAAGACCGGAAAAAAGUUGGGAAAUUAGUAACGGAAGACAAGCUGAAAGAAAAUAAAAGAAAGGAGGAAAAACUAAAGGAGAAAGCAGCAAAAGAAGGCAUGAAGAAAACAUCUUAGUCAAGUCAUGGCUGAUAAAAGAAAACUACAAGGAGAAAUUGAUCGAUGUCUGAAAAAAGUCGCAGAAGGAGUCGAACAGUUUGAAGACAUUUGGCAAAAGCUACACAAUGCAGCCAAUGCCAACCAGAAGGAGAAGUAUGAGGCUGACCUCAAGAAAGAGAUAAAAAAAUUGCAGCGCCUCCGAGACCAGAUUAAGACGUGGGUGGCCUCGAACGAGAUCAAAGACAAAAGGCAGCUAGUGGACAACCGCAAACUCAUAGAGACACAAAUGGAGCGCUUUAAAAUUGUGGAGCGAGAGACAAAAACGAAAGCGUACUCCAAAGAGGGACUCGGCCUCGCUCAGAAAGUAGACCCUGCACAAAAAGAGAAAGAGGAGGUUGGACAGUGGCUCACAGCAACGAUAGACACGUUAAACAUGCAGGUGGACCAGUUUGAAAGCGAGGUCGAGUCACUUUCUGUGCAGACACGGAAAAAGAAAGGAGACAAAGAGAAACAGGACCGAAUAGAGGAGCUAAAAAAGUUGAUCGAAAGACACCGCUACCACAUUUGUAUGCUGGAGACCAUUUUGCGAAUGCUAGACAACGACUCUGUACAGGUGGACUCCAUCCGCAAGAUCAAGGAUGACGUAGAGUACUACAUCGAUUCUUCUCAGGAUCCUGACUUUGAAGAGAAUGAAUUCCUCUACGAUGACCUGGACUUGGAGGAUAUAUCCCAGCCAUUGGUCGCUACAUCUCCUCCAGCUCACACAGAGGACGAAAUCUUCCAGCACUCCAGUUCCACGCCGACAUCCACCACUUCGUCUUCCCCGAUCCCUCCAUCCCCGGCUACUUGCACUACGAAUUCUGAGGACGAUAAGAAGCGAGGUCGUUCCACAGAUAGUGAAUUCGGCCAGUCUCCAGUAAAAAAUGGCAAUCCGUCAUCUCUUUCCUCGUCCUCAUCCUCCUCAUCAUCUUCGGGAUCCUCCUCUACCUCGGUGGUGUCUGUGGCGACAGUGGCAAGCAACAGUAGCAGCAGCUCUGGAAGCGGCGGCAGCAGCCUCGUGAGCAAUAUGGGAGGCCACAUACAAAACUUGUGCAGCUACAGCUCCGCCAUCCAGCAGCAAAUGCAGCAGGGCCUACAGCAGCACCAAUCCAAAAAUGCCGUCAACUCCCAAUCCACUGCUUCGGCCUCACCAGCUUCCUCUAGUAUCCUCUUACCCAAUCCCACAGCAACCUCGUCGCCUUCCAGUAUCGCUACACCCAGCAACCAAGCCCAGCCUCUGCUCACCUCAAAUCCAGUGUCCAGCCUGAGCCAUUCUCUCAACCUGGGCCUUGCCAAGAGUGUUGCGCCGACCACCAGCGCCAUUGGCCAGAUUUCCGCCCUUGGUCUUUCAGGGAUGCCGGCAUCCAGGACCAGCAUAUCAGGGCCCUUGCAAGGUUCCACCCCAGCCCCAUACGCUCAGGCUGCUGCAUCUGGCACUGCAAACGCUACAGGUAAUGCCAGUGUCACAAACUCUGGGGGGGUACCAGCAACUGGCACAAAUGGAAACAGUGCUUCAACGGGUCUCCUCGGGACCGCACCGGGCACUACAGCUAUUAGCAAUGCAGUCUUAGGUCUGGGGACUACACAGACCACAGUGCAACCCUUGCCUUUGGUUCCGCCCAGCCCUGUCGGAGGGGUACUGGUGCAAACGAGCAACGUAGGCGUCAUCGGGAGCAACGGAGGAAACUCGACAUCCGGAAGUGCAACAGCCGUUGGGAGCUCAUUGCUUCCACGGCCACCUAGUGGCCAGAAACAGAAUGGCAGCACAACCUAUAGCGCCAUAGUAGCAGAUAGCGCGUCCGAUUCUGCCCUCAGCAGUGCCAGCCAGUUACAGAACAGCCAAGCUUCAACCUUAAAUUCCACAACCAAUCUGCCUAAGGACACUGGGUCCAGCCUUCUGGGGUCUCUGACUCUUCCUACCAGUUCACCAUCGCCCUCGUAUAGUGAGAGUAAACCAAUCGGGGGCAGCCUGUUGAAUGGACCUCACUCCUACACGCAAGCGGCCGAUGCCAUCAAGACUCAGGAACCACUCAGUUCUCUGAAAUCGAUGGCAGAGAGAGCAGCUCAGGGCUCAGGUUUAGAGGGGGAACUCUCUGCGCUCCAUAUUACCGGAGAUAUCUUCCCUAGUUCCACUGCCCCAUCAGCCCCCACAACCCCCCAGUCUUCUCUUUCAGAGGUUAACAUUCCUCCAUCGCUGGGCGUCUGCCCUCUGGGUUCUAUCCCUCUGUCCAAAGAGCAGCACUACCAGCACGUUAUGCAAGAGGCAGCCUGGGCGCACAUGCCCCACCCAUCUGACUCGGAGAGGAUCAGACAGUACCUGAUGAGGAAUCCCUGUCCUACAUUGCCUUUCCACCACCAGAUGCCACCACCUCUCUCAGAUUCUGUGGAGUUCUACCAAAGGCUGUCCACAGAGACUCUCUUCUUCAUUUUCUACUACCUUGAGGGCACAAAGGCUCAGUAUUUGGCAGCGAAAGCCUUAAAAAAGCAGUCCUGGAGGUUCCACACGAAGUACAUGAUGUGGUUCCAGAGGCACGAGGAGCCUAAGACUAUCACUGAUGAGUUUGAGCAGGGGACUUACAUUUAUUUUGACUAGAAAUGGGGCCAGAGGAAAAAAGAAGGAUUCACGUUCGAGUACAGGUAUCUCGAGGACCGGGACCUCCAGUGACAAUAAGAACCGCAGACUACUGUUGACAUUCCUGGACUGAAUCCGCACUCUCACGCGCACACGGUGCGGCGACUCGGAUGCUGUUUGCGAGGCUGUUUUUUUGUCUCGUUGGUGCAUAUUGCCUUUGGAGUUUCUCCCAGUACUUAUAAGAUCCACAUGCCCAGUACUGUUUCCACUCUGUUUUAAUAAAAGAAAUGAUCAUUUUCACGAGCCAAAGAGACUACAAACCUACAACAAACAAAAAUCUCAUCCAGCACAACAAACUGGGCAAAACAAAUCGGAUUGUUUCGCUGGUCCAAUUCAAAGCGCUUAAGCUAACGUUAAAUAUCUGCCCUAGCACAAGGAAUAUUGAGCUGCGGGAGACCAAAUUCAAUCAUUUGCCAAACUGGAUGAAAUAAUAACCAUAAUCAGUAACUCCAUUUGCUUCUUCCUUCUUGUAAUGUUGUUUUUUUUUUGUUGUUAUUUUUUUAAUACAAUGGGACAUUUUCAAAAAAAAUUCAGACUAAAGAUCGCAAGAAUUGAAAUUAAAAGCACCAGCACUAAAAUAACAAACGAAUACAAAAAUACAUGUGUCUACACAUGAAGAAUUGGACAUACACCCAUUACUGAGGCUCAGGAAAAAAAAAAAAAAGGUAAUAAAAGACUUUUGGAUGACUACAAUGUUGUGUACAGAGCAAACAAAGCUUUGAUUCAGACUGACAAAAUAAAAAAAAAAACAAGUUUUGUGAAUCAUUUAAAAGCUUUUGUUCACUAUAAUAUGAAUUGGUACUCUGACCUGUUUUUAGACAUGUGAAAGAAAAAAAAGAAGGAAAAAAAAAAAGACAAAAGGACAUGCUUUUUUCUGGAGCAUCACUACAGUCGCAUGGCCCUUGCUGCUUUCACCUUAUUUCACAAAGCUUCUUAAUUAUAUAAUAUUCUCCAAUGUUUGGAGUGCCAACUCUCAAUGAUUUAUCUUUUUUUUCUGCCAUCUUGGAUAUAACUAUCUGACGAAAAGUAGAUUAUCAGCCAUCCUUUUUUUUUCCCUUUUUUUUUUUUUUUUUUGGCGUUUAAUUUCGUUGAACACGGUGCAUGAUACCUUUGUGACAAGUGGCCUUGUGCUCCAUCUGUUUUUUUGUUACAUUUACCUUUUUUUUUUCUGAGCGUACUGUAUGGAAGAGAAUUUAAAAAAAAAUGUGAAUUAUAUAUAUAUAUAUUUUUUCCUAACUGGAAAAAAAGUGAUGUACAGAGCUUUCUUUCAUCUCAUGUCUUUGUUUUUUUUGUUUUUUUCCAUUUUCAAAUGAACAGCCUAAAAAAAAUGACAACUGCAAAGUGGAGAGGAGUCACGAUCAUUACACGAGACAUUCAAAUGAAGUCGGAGGAUUGUAAAAUAUUAAUAAAGAAAUUACUUUUCAA